UUCGUGUUUCGGUGCAUUAACUUCUUCCCGUAACGUAAAUCAUGGCGAGCAAAGUGUGGUCGAGUUUGAGAACUGGUCUGAGCAGGAGCCUCAACAAGAGAUUUUAUUCUCAAAAUGUGAGGAAAGUCACAUUAAUUCCAGGAGAUGGGAUAGGACCUGAAAUUUCUGCCUCGGUGCAGCAGAUUUUCAGAGCUGCCGAUGUGCCUGUUGAGUGGGAGGCUGUUGAUGUAACCCCAGAAAAGGGUCCAGAUGGGCGGACCCGUAUCCCUCCUGCUGCUGUGCACUCCAUGAAUCAGAAUAAAAUUGGACUGAAAGGACCCCUAGCCACGCCCAUCGGUAAAGGACACAUGAGCCUCAAUCUUGCCCUCCGAAAGGAAUUCAAUCUCUAUGCUAAUGUCCGACCUUGCAAGUCACUAGAAGGCUACAAGACUGCUUACGAUGAUGUAGAUCUGGUCACAAUCAGAGAAAACACGGAAGGAGAGUACAGUGGAAUUGAACAUACAAUUGUUGAUGGUGUGGUACAGAGUAUCAAAUUGAUUACAAAGGAGGCUUCUAUGAGAGUAGCUGAAUUUGCCUUUGAGUAUGCCAAGGCCAACAACAGACACACGGUCACAGCUGUUCACAAAGCUAACAUUAUGAGAAUGUCUGAUGGCCUGUUCCUGAGCUGUUGUAGAGAGGUAGCAGAGAAACACAGGGAUAUCCGAUUCAAUGAGGUCUAUCUAGAUACAGUCUGUCUCAAUAUGGUACAAGAUCCCUCCCAGUAUGAUGUGUUGGUCAUGCCUAACUUAUACGGUGACAUCCUCAGUGAUCUUUGUGCUGGUCUUGUAGGGGGUCUUGGUGUAACACCUAGUGGUAACAUUGGAGCAGGAGGUGUCGCAAUCUUUGAAUCAGUUCAUGGUACGGCUCCUGACAUAGCAGGUGAAGACAAGGCAAACCCUACAGCUCUCCUCCUUAGUGCUGUUAUGAUGCUGAGGCAUAUGGAACUAAUGGGACAUGCUGGUCGAAUUGAGAAGGCAUGUCUAGAGGUCAUAGGGGAAAGAAAGCAUCUUACUGGUGAUUUAGGUGGAACGGCAACUUGCUCAGAGUUUACACAAGCCAUAUGUGAAAGAGUUCAGGAGUUAGAAUAGAAACUAAGCCUGCUUUCAACUCAUCAACAGUUCAUCUCUGAUUAUUCAUCACAUGUUCUAUAUAUUCUCCAAUUUAUCUUCACUCAGUGUUUAUGAAUGUAUGCAACUGACUAAAAUAUCUGUGACAAAAUCUGUUUUAUCUUCAUGUAUACUAACUAUAUAGAAUCAGUUUGAUGCAGAAACAAUUUAAUAAUCAUUUGAUUCGAAAUAUGAUACAAUUGUCAUUUAUUAGAUUUAUUUGAAAUAUCCUGUUUAGAACCAUUGCAUUGGCAGUAGGAAUGUCAACUCAGGCUAAUUCUAUUUUGAGUACUGAAUAUUAAAUGCAACCAACAAGUUCUGGAUGUUUAUUGAUAUUGUAUUUUAACAAUUGUUCAAAUGUUUAUGAGUUUGGGCCUAAGGUCAACAUUACAGUUUUCCACUUUUAAUGAGAUUAAUAUAGAUUUAUAUUGAUUUUCUUGUCUUUAAAUUAUAUAUUUAUUGAGUAUUUAUCAUUUUCAUCCCAAUGGUACCUUGAUAUUACAACUUUAAUUUUUUCGCAGGCUGUGUUUUGGUUUGUACAAUGUAAAAUCAAAUUUGCAUCAAUAUAAUUGUAGUACAUGUACGUUUCUUUUUUUAAUUCAGUUCAUGCGUGCACCCCAACAAACAUAUAUGAAUUUUUUUAAAAAUUAUUUUUAAAAAUGAAAUUUCUUGAAAGAAAUGUCCUAAUUUCUUGUUUGUUGAUAAUCCUUGAACAAAGACAUUAUUUACAUUUGAUUCAUAUUCAUAUAUAUUUAUCUUGAGAAAGGAUAAUUUAUUGUCUCUUCCUUUCCUAAAUGACCACUUAUGUUUUCAUUUUACUUGUAGGUAUUGGCUCCACUCUAUGUAAAUAGAUUCCUCCUAUUAUAUAAUUCCAAUGCUAUGAUCAAUACUCUUGUAUGCAAAAAGGUAGCAUUCCCACCCCCUCCCAUUACUAGCAUGUUUCGCACAAAUUUGCAUUAUCCUUUUUUUUUUUACUUUGUACAAUUUUGUAUGGCAGACUUGAAUUUUCUACAACUAUGUACAAACUACACAAUGGUAACGUAAUGAAUUAAUGUUAAAAGAGCUGUACUGUGAUUGGGGAGAAUGAUUGGGAGUACAAAUAUGUGUGUGAAUCGAUUUGAAUUUUGCUUUGUUUAAACCACAACAUAUUUAUUAUUUGUAUUGCAUGAACUAUAUAUUUACAAGUUACCUUUUAUAUGCAUUGGGUCAUUUAUUGGGAUGUAGUGUGAUAUGUGCAAUUAGAGAAAGAAGGAUUUUUUUUGUGAAGUUGUAUGAUUUUAGGUUGUGAAUAUUACAAAUAGUUGCCUCAGUCGGCCAAUUUUGGCUCCAGACUAAACCAACUCUAGCAGUACCACAUACUGCUAUAAUUGUUGGUUUUGAGUUGAUUGGGGUUGGUCUUGCUGUAUGAAUAAAGGGAGUGUUGAAUUUAUGGCAUGUACAGUAUAUAUGUGUGGUAUAUAAUACUUCAUGAACAGUAAUAUAAAAUGGACAAUGUUUGACUUUGCUGAAGCAGAUUUUUUAAGUGCUCAAGGAAGAUGUGUUUGGUUUGCCUUCCUUGCAUCUUUAAUGUCAUAGUUUAUUUGAAAGACAAAGUCAGGGAUUUAUUGUAUGUUGAAAUUAAAGCGUAGUAUAUUGUUGCUGCCAGAGUUGAAAUA